AUGCCUGGUCUCCACGACGAAGGUCCGACUCCGCGCUCGUCGAGGCAGGAGCUUUCAAGGCGAUGUGAUGUAAUAUACGUUCCGUCUGAUGACUCUACUCCCAUCAGCUUCAUGCAUCUUUACAGUUCACCGAAGCGGCAAAUCAGAGACACCGUUGGACAUAUCCCAGGUGAUUCUGAGAUCAACACCUUCAGAUCGCAACGUGCUAGACGCCAGGUACAAAAGCCGUUGGCAGGAUCUACUCCCAGAGCUCCGCUUCAGCAAAAUUUCAAGGUUGCCCAGCCAAUGGCGAUAACAGUUGAUGUCCCUGGAACAGGUGACGGCAAAGAAAACGUUCCUCCUGGAUUUUCCGUCAUCACCAGCAACAACAAAAGCAAAUCAGAAUGUCAUUCAACGGCGUCCAGGAUGGCCCGUCCAGUCCUGCAAACCACCAGUCUCAGAGCAUGCAUGACAACCAAGUCAAAAGAAGCCCAACCAGAGUCACUGAAGCGAGUAGCUCUAGAUGUGACUCGAGGUCGCCAGAGUCCCCAAAAAGAAGUCACCGAAAAGUUUGAACAUUCACCACCUGCUGGGAAUCCCUUGGCCUCUGCCUUAAACCGUGCCUGCUCCGCGGUCGUUAUUCAACGGGCAUGGCGAUCAUUUACAGAACGACGAAAUAAGCACGUGUGCGGUAUCGCCACGGCCAGGGUGAAGUUUGCAUGUGAGGUGAUUACUCGAUGGUGGCGUGGUGUGAAAGCCUGUAAGCUGCGAGGGCAGAAACAGAUGGCCGAGCUGGCAGGGAGCACCGAACAGAUGACCCGCCGCAAACCUGCUUCUCAGCGACGUUCCGCUCGCCAGGGGAAUCAGGGCUCUGGCCGUCGGGGCAUUCGACGCCUCUAA